AUGGAAGACACAAUCUACACGACCUCGACGCAGUACCGUCUCUUCACGUACACGCCCCAGCAGCUCUCGGACCUGCGCCAUGCCACGAACCGCGCCGCCGCCGAAAAAAUCACGGCGUCCAUCAAGGCCGCGCGCGCCGCCGGCGACCGCGACGACGCAGACAACGACGGCGACGAGGAGAUUGAUUGCCCGACGGCGGAGGAGGAGUUGAAGCUUGUGGCGUACUAUUGCGUCAAGUGCAUGCAGCUGUCGGAUCACUUCAAGUUCCCCAGCGCCGUCAAGGCGACAGCACUCACCUUCCUGCACCGCCUCUACCUCACCACCAGCACGCUCACCCUGCACCCCAAAAAGCUCCUCCUCCCCAUCCUCUACCUCGCCACCAAGACCGAAAACUACUACACCCCCAUCGACCGCUUCAUCGCGACCGCCCUCACCGCCGGCACCACAAUCACCAAGGACGACCUCAUCUCGCCCGAGUUCAAGAUCGCCAUGGGCCUCCGCUGGGCCUUCCAGAUCUGGCACCCCUUCCGCGGCCUCGAGGGCAUCUUCCUCGAGCUCAACGCAAUGCACCAGGGCACCUACGCCUCUCCCGCUCACCUCCCCGGCGAGGCCGAGGACGCGAAGCGCCGCCUCGAGGACCUGGCGGGGAGUGAUGUGGUUGGGAGGAUAGGUAGGGCGCAUGGGGAGGCGAGGGCGAUACUCACGAGUACGGCGCUGCUCACGGAUGUGUAUUUCCUGUACACGCCGCCGCAGAUCAGCUUUGCGGCGUUCCUGGAGGCGGAUAGAGAGCUGGCGGAGAUGUAUCUGGAUGUCAAGUUCCCUGCCGGGAACGCGGCGGCGGAGGCGACGAAGAGGAAGCUGCUGAAGGUAGUGGGCGAGUGUGCGGAGCGGCAUCUGUCGAGCAGCAUCACGAGGGAGACGCCGAAUCCGUAUCCGGGGCUGUGUCUGCAGUUGCCGCAGAAUGGGGUUGCGACGUCGGUGCUGGCGAGCUUGGAUAAGGGGCUGGUGAAGGAGGUGACGCGGGUGGAUAAGAAGCUGUACCAUGUGACGAACCGCGAUCGGAAGGCGAAUGGGGGCGGCGGCGCGGGGAAGAAGGAGAAGGAGAGGGAGGGGAAUUACGAGGCGAGUGCGGCGGAGGAGGAGCGGAAGGCGAAGAAGAGGAGGUUGGAGAGGGAGAAGCUGGCCAGGGAUGGGGAUGUGUUUGGCGGGGCGCUGCAUCCAACGCAGGAGUAG